AUGUCAGCUCAUUUACCAUUUUCUAGGUUACGUAUUGAUGCCGAUGACCUACGGCCGCUAGUUCCUAUUGUACAACUGAACAAGGUCGAAAAUGGCAGCGCAACGCCUAUAUUUUGUGUCCAUUCUAUCGAGGGUGUCGGCAUCCCCUUGAUGACACUUGCCGAAAAGCUGCAGGUGCCAGUCUACUGUUUCCAGUGUACGGAAGAGACUCCGUUGGAUUCAGUGAAGGCCAUCGCCAAUUGCUAUAUUCAGCGCAUGAAAAAGAUUCAGCCGAAAGGUCCAUACCGCAUUCUCGGUUACUCGUAUGGUGCGACGAUUGCGUUUAACAUCGCGACGCAGCUGCAGGCCCAGGAGUUACCAGAGACUGUUGAACAUCUGAUCCUGCUCGACGGUUCGCACAAGUACACUCGGACGUACCGAAACGCUUACCGGAUAGCGUACGGCUUCGCAGCGGGGGACCUCAGCAGCGACCCUCGUUUCGAAAGCGAACUGUUAUGCGCGUUUGCCAUCCGAUUCGCCUCUGACACGGACUACAGAGCACUGCGCAACGAAUUGAUGAGGCAACCGUCAUGGGAGGAUCGAGUGCAAUGCGUGCAGGACAAGGUGAUGAGUGGCGGAAUGUUCUCAAAUAUCAGCACGAUUGUGUUUGCCGUUAACUCGCUGCGACAAAAGUUCAUCAUUGCCGACAGAUACAUUCCCGAACAGAAAUUCCAGGGCGACGUUGUUCUAAUUCGAGCGAAACAUGGCGCGGCCAUAGUCGAAGGCAUCGGAAGUGAUUACGGUUUGCACGAGGUAUUGACCAUUGUCUUGCUGUCUAUCAGCCAUUCUUUGACCUAA